AUGAUGCAGGCUAGCAGCAGCUCCAGACGGAGGCAGCCAAUCCAUGACGACGAGACGGAUGGCGGCGACGUGCUGCAGCGCCCCUCGCACCAACCUCCUGCGACCAGCCGACAUCGUGGAGCCACCGCGGCACGCAGCCAACCCCAUGCCAGAGGCGACGAAGCUCAAGCCGCAAGCGGCAGCAGUGGUCAAGGGCAGCAGCCACGAGUCCGAGCCGCCGAUUAUCGCCCGCAGCCGCUCGACCGGGACUCCGCGGCCGCAGUCGGCCAGAUGAUCGCGGGCUACGGGCCGCACGAGGACACCAUCCGCCAAGCCAUGGCAUCGCUGGAAGAGGCCACCUCGGACCUGUGCGAGGUUGAGGAGACGAUCGACAACGAGGCCUUCGUCCAGCUCGACGCCGACUACCGCGAACUGGUCGACGCGCAGGCCGAGGCCAAAACGAGGAAGACAUCUCUCGAGGCCCUUCUCCGCCGCCUCGAGGGGGAACCGACCGUGCUCGAUCCAGCCACAGAGUACAGCAACCUGACGUGCGAGCAGCUCGAGGCGUACAGCGCCUUGACGACGCGGAAAAAGUACGGCCAGAGCCAGGAGUACGUCUCGUUUCGCGAGAGCGCCUGGGCUGCAGUGGAGGACAGCGCAAUGCCCCCCAUCAACGAGUUCCUGCCCGCAGAGCAAGGCGACGAGGACGACGAUGAUGAUGACAUCCAAGUCGGCGGAACACGGCAGGACUACAAGUGCCCGUACUCUGCCAAGCUGCUCAUCGAUCCAGUGUCGAGCACCGGAUGCCCACACAGUUACGACCGCGAGAGCAUCCUCUCGUACGUCGGGAAGGGCGAAAAGGUGUGCCCCGCCAGCGCGUGCAACGUCAAGCUCUCGCACCGAUCGCUCAAGCCGGACCCCCGCCUCGCCAAGCGGGUGGCGGCGUAUCGACGCCGAGAAGAGUCGAGGAUCCUCUCGGCUCCCGGCACCAUGAUCGAGUAG